AUGGCCUUGGUCCAACAUAACCGCCGGCCUCGCUGCGGCCUCAUUAGCGCUCCGGCGAGACAAAUGACUACAACAUACACCCGAUGUCGGCCAGAGGGCUUGUCCGACUUUCGAAAAGGCCGUCUCGUAUUUAUCGUAAUAUGGUACUCUAACACUGAACUGAUAAAGCCCGAGUUGCGCUCAGCUCGCUCUUUUCUUCGAUCAAUCUUUAAGCGAUGCUUAAACUGGCGUCCAGCCCCUCGCGCAUCCAAUUCGGCUGUCCAGCUAAACUUCCCACAUUUUUGCCCCUAA